ACUAACAUUACACGGACAUGUAUAUCAACUCGCCACCAAUAGCCCUCCACGUUGGCAGAGGCUGUAUGGCGCUUAGUGUAAUCCUGACAAACGCCACACAGCCUCUGAAUUGCAGUUGCCGCAAAUUAGGCCAUGCUGUGAUCGAGAGUGUAUGUCUCAUUGUUGGUUAUGCUUUGAGUGGAGUAGAUGUCGUUGUGUGGCCUUGUUGUGAGGGAGGUGGACGUUGUCUGUGGAUGACGUCGACAGGUUGAAGCUAUUGGAGCGUUGUUGCUCUCACCUGUAAGGUUCAUGAUAUUGUAGUGGGUGGCUGUUCAAAGGUGGACGUUUUUGUGUCUAUUGCUGUACUACAGUAUAGAACUGUGAAGCCGUGUGAUAAGACGACUGUAUCCGCCAUGACUUAAUGGCUGGGACACCACGCCCAUAUAGGGGGUAUUGAAGCACGAGGAUUUAAAAGACUGGUCUGUCAAGGUUGUGAAUAUAGCCCUUAUCAAGAGAUACAUACGAAAUCAUCUAUGAUAAUAAUGAUCAUAUGAUCACACAACUCUGACGGCAUCAAGAACAGAGACAUGGACAACGUAUAUCGGACAGAGGAGUACAGUUAGUCUACUGAGACCAACAGGACUAGCAAUCAAAUGAAGUCAUCAACGAUGGCAGAUAAACUGAACAUUCACGUUCUUCAGUCCCUGACGCCGUUCAACAGUCAUGGCCAGGACAUUGUGUCGGAAGCUGCGCGCGCACUGCUGGUCAGUUGUGUCAAGGCCGACCUAUCUGUCCACGACACCUUCUUCCCCACGUCCCUACCGCACACCCUCGUGGCCCAGGUCGAGCCACGCCUCUUCCCGAUGACCAAGCUAGCCACAGCCUUUGUGGCCUACACCAUCUCCCGGUGUAAGGACGAGUUCAAGUUCCACCAGUCCAUCAACAGACAGGCUGCUGAGGACCUUCUCCGGGACAUGGUGGAGGGAUUGCACUGGAAGAAGCUAGGGUUUGCCUUGUACACCAUGUCCUACACUGACACUGUGAGGGACCACAAGACUGGAAUAACACUCCAAGACUACAUGGGGGAUGACAGUCACAUCUGGGCAGAGAAGCUCUUGGCGGAGAUCAUGGACCCAAAAUGGACCAACGCAAUUUUGAAGAAGAUCAUCAAGGGGAAAUACUCGGAUGAGGAUUACAACCGAGAUAUGAACGUCCUGUUCGUGAAGCUCCAUCUGCUUGACCCCCAGUCCGUCAUACCCGCCUUCCAGUUCCUGCUAGGUCAGAGAGCCUUGCCCGCAGUGAACCUAGAACUCGCGACCCGGAACUACCUGGGAGGAAUCCUGGACUUCCAGGUGAUACGACCGGAAGUAGAAACAGCUCUGCGCAAGCCCAGUGUACCCCUGAAUGUGUCGCGCCUCAGUCUGGACGAGGUGGAGGUGUUCUAUGGCGUUCAUGUGGACGAGUUUAUAGUAACUGAGUGUAGGAACAUGGGGCUGUGGACAGGCAAACGACCGGAGAACUAUAAGAUGUCGAAGCUGAAAGAGAGAUGUCGAGUCAUGUGAUGGAAUAAAUAGUAUUAUGAC